GUGACGACAAGGAUAACGUGUCCAUCAUUUCGGACCAAUGGUUUGAAUCGGACGACAAGUUUGACGAAUUCGACAAAGAAUUGAUGAGAAAUUUGACCGAAACGACCAAAUUGUACGCCAAAUACAUACCAUUAUCUUAUCUAAAGAACUCGAAAUAUAUAGCGUCUGACUAUUUCAUUGAUUUCAUGUGUUUACCCAAAACACUGGCCAUUCUUAACAUUGCGAUGCGUUUGCUUUCAUACGACAUCUUCACCAUUGAUUUGAUCCGUUGGGCAAAUGACGGACGCAUUCCGUACCAGAACUGCAUGACAUGUUUGCCCGAAGAGUGGCUUUUUAUAUCCAAUGACUUUCAUACGUUCACCUCUUCAUUCAUUCCCUCCUAUCAGACAAUUAACACAUUGUCGGCAAAGAUAGCCAAACAUAUCGCCUAUGAGAGAUGGGCUCUAAUGGCUAUCGUUUUGGUACUCAAACGCAUAUUUCUUCUCAACGACUCGUCUGAGAAGCGUUUGAGUUAUUACUCAAGAGAUUUAAACCAAUACUUUAAUUGGUAUGAAUGGGAACAAUAUUCACGCGUUCGGCUCGAGUUGAUUACCUCUUAUACCACAUCUCUGUAUGGCUGCAAAUUUGAAGAUAUAAAAGAUGUGGACGUGAUUGUCGAGCAUUCGCUUAAACGCUCUGAUUAUGAAAUGACAAAAACCAUUGAAUGCAUCAAAAGGGGUUAUAAAUACUAUGACUUUCGGCAAGAUUUGCGACAGGAGUUUAAAUCUUUGCUUCUGAAUGAAAACGAUUCCCAAAAGACUGAAUCAGUCUAUCAUUCAUUAUAUCCGUUAACGACUGCAACAGAAUUGGCGUUAAAACGGGUCACUUCUCCGGCUGUGAAGGAAGUGUUGUCCACUAAUUUUGAAGACAAAUCACUGAGCGGUUGGACGUGUAGUCACGGAAAGGUAUUUCAUAGGGGCUAUGAUUUCUUACACAAAGAUCCCAAACAGUGGUCCUCAACGUUCAAACUGCUGAUCCGUUUGAGUUGUAUAAUACUCUGCUGUCGGACCAAAGAUCUCAUACCAAUCAUCAAUAGAAUGGAA